CAGAGCCAGACAUCAAGCUUCAAGGAGUCUCUCCACAGCAGUUCUCUCUAGAAGCUCCUGAGUCUUUGAGUCGAACCCGAAGAUGAUUUCCUCCACCAGCCUCCUCCUGCUGCUCCUGCUCGGCCUCUCUCAGGCUUUUCCUGUUGAAGAGGAAGGACCCCAGGAAGAGGAAACCCAAGAAGGAGUAGACACCGUGGACUUGACCACCAGAAUUUUGAGCGCCAACAACGGCUCCGAAGAAAUGCUGCUGGGAGGAGACAUACUGGUUCCCAAAGACAGGAAUGCAAUGAAGUGCUGGUACAACAGCUGCCAAUGGGGAAAAGCCUCCAAUGGCUAUGUGGUGAUUCCUUAUGUAAUUGGGAGGGAGUUCACCAGUUGGGAAAGGGGGACCAUCGAGGGCGCCAUGAGGGCCUUCGCCAGUAAUACCUGCAUCCGCUUCGUGCAACGUAGCAAUGAACGUGACUUCAUCAGCAUUGUAAGCAAACAGGGCUGCUGGGCUGAGCUGGGCAGAACCGGAGGCAUGCAGGAGGUCUCACUCAACAGGGGGGGCUGCGUGUAUGGCGGAGUGGUCCAACACGAGCUCAUCCACGCUCUGGGCUUCAAUCACGAGCAGACCCGGAGCGACCGCGACAACUACGUAAGGAUCAACUGGCAGAACAUCAUCCAGGAGUCCGCCUACAACUUCCAGAAGCAAGACACCAACAACCUGAACACUCCCUAUGACUACUCCUCCAUUAUGCACUAUGGAAGAGACGCCUUUGCUGUGGCCCCCGGGAGGGAGACCAUCACCCCUAUCCCCAAUCCCAACGUCCAGAUCGGCCAGAGGCAGGGCAUGUCCUCCUGGGACAUCAGAAGGAUCAACCUGCUCUACAGAUGCUAAAAACUCUCCUUCUGCUAGAAGUGAGAACUUCAACUUCAUGUUAACUAAAUAUUGGAACCAGAAAUAAUGAAUUUUAAAAAUAAUUGAUGAAAAAUUUAAAAUCCUAAUAAACUAAGAGCAGCAAU